GCCGGAUCGGGCAGGCGCUGCUGAGAGCGGCCGGCAGUGGGCGGGGAGCAGGACUCGGGAGCUGGGAGCGCGCCUCUAGCGCUGCUGUGGGACGAGUGCGGGUGCGCGAGACCGCGGCAGCGCACCCACGAGCUCCAAUUGGAGCGCAGCGUCCAGGGAUGCGUGCGGUAGGGAGCUGCCGCGCUGCUGUGCCGGGAGAAUUCCGGCAGCAGUGACCUCAGCAAGGGGAGACCGAGGCGGCAGCGACAGCGAGCCCCGCGGGAUUCUCGGGGUCAGGGGUGCGGGGGGGGGUGCAGCGCGGGAACGCAGGAGCGCGGGGCGCAGACUCGGCGGGAUUGGGGGACAGUGAUGAGCAAGCGCGCGGAGUGGUUGCACGCUGCCGCCGCUACCCGGAGCGUCUGCCACCCAAACUGCUGCUCACGGUCCCGGCCGCGGCAAUGGAGACGCUGAAUGGUCCCGCGGGCGGUGGCGCCCCGGUCACGAAACCGCAGCUUCCCAGACAACACUACCGCCACCACCUUCACCCGCUGGCAGAGAGGAGGCGGCUGCACCGUGCACCAUCGCCCGCCAGACCAUUCCUCAAGGACCUGCAUGGCCGGCCUGCGGCGCCCAGCCCAGCCCCGGCCGCCACCUCCUCCGGCGGAUCCCCAGCGCCCGCCGCCCCGCGUUCGCCCAGCCUCGCGGGCAAGACGCCGCCCUUGCCGGCGCCCCUGGCCGCGCCCGGCCGCCUCUCCCGGCGCAGCGGCGGUACCCCUGGCGCGAAAGACAAGCCGCCGCCGGGCUCCGGGGCCAGAGCAGCUGUCAGUGCCAAGGCCGCUCCGGGCCCCAGGAGGGCAGUGCGCGCGGGGCCCACCGAGCCGCUGCCCCGGGCUGGGAAGCCAACGCCUCUGCUCGGGGCCGAGCCGCCGCCCGUUGCAGCCAAGGGCCGCAAAGCCAAACGAGGCUCCGGGGCGACCGCAGCCCGCCCCGCGGGUCCCCCGACCCUCGCCGUCCCGGUCCCGACGUUGAUCCACGCCAUGCCCUCCGCGGCCAGCCUCCCUGCCCCUGGCUCGCGCAUCAGCCGGACGGACAGCAGCUCGGACCUCUCGGACUGCCCCUCCGAGCCCCUGUCAGACGAGCAGCGCCUGCUCCCCGCUGCGAGCAGCGACGCCGAGUCAGGCACGGGCUCCAGCGACCGGGAACCUCUGCGAGGAGCCCCCGCGACAAGCCCUGCAGCUCGAGGGGUGCCGCCAGGCAGCCCAGAGCACCCAACACUCCUCGCCGCGUCCCCCGCCGCUGGAGCCUUCCUCGGGGGUCGGAACAGCCCGGGCGGGGCAGAGGAUGCCGCGUGGCGCGCGCCCUCAGAGCGAGCGGUCCCCGGGACUCCCAAGGAACCGGGCCCGGGGGAGCAGCCCCGGCUGGUCCCGGCGGUGGAGGAAGAGGAGCUGCUGCGGGAGAUGGAAGAGCUGCGCUCGGAGAAUGACUAUCUCAAGGAUGAGUUGGAUGAACUUCGUGCUGAAAUGGAAGAGAUGAGGGACAGUUAUUUAGAGGAAGAUGUUUACCAGCUGCAGGAGCUUCGGCGAGAACUGGACCGUGCUAAUAAAAACUGCCGAAUCCUGCAGUACCGCCUCAGGAAAGCCGAGCAGAAAAGCUUGAAAGUUGCAGAGACCGGUCAAGUGGAUGGCGAGCUUAUCCGAAGUCUGGAACAAGACUUAAAGGUAGCCAAAGAUGUAUCUGUCAGAUUACACCAUGAACUUGAAACUGUGGAGGAAAAGCGUGCUAAAGCCGAAGAUGAAAAUGAAACUCUCCGACAACAAAUGAUUGAAGUAGAAAUAUCCAAACAGGCGCUCCAAAAUGAGCUGGAGAGACUGAAAGAGAGUUCCCUGAGAAGAAGAGGCAGUCGGGAAAUGUACAAAGAAAAGAAAACCUUUAACCAGCAGAGUGGUGGAACGGAGCGCCUUGGGAACUGCAGGUCUGCAAACAAAACUCAAAGGAAACUGGCACCCCGGCGCAAGGAUGACAGUGCCGAUUUGAAGUGCCAGCUUCAGUUUGCCAAAGAGGAAGGUUCCCUGAUGCGUAAAAAGAUGGCCAAGCUGGGGAGGGAGAAGGACGAGCUGGAGCAGGAGGUCCAGAAGUACAAGGCCCUGUAUGGCGACGUGGACAGCCCCCUGCCCACAGGGGGAGCGGGUGGGCCGCUCAGCACCAGGGAGGCCGAGCUGAAGUUGCGACUGAAGUUGGUGGAGGAAGAAGCCAACAUCUUGGGUCGGAAGAUUGUGGAGCUGGAGGUGGAAAACCGAGGCCUCAAAGCAGAGAUGGAGGAUAUGCGGGGUCAGUAUGAGCGAGAGGGUCCAGGCCGGGACCACAUCCCAAGCAUUCCUACCUCACCCUUUGGGGACUCCCUGGAGUCCUCGACAGAGCUCCGCCGACACCUACAAUUUGUGGAGGAGGAAGCGGAGCUGCUUCGAAGGUCCAUAUCUGAGAUUGAAGACCACAACCGGCAGCUGACUCAUGAGCUGAGCAAGUUCAAGUUUGAGCCUCUGCUGGAGCCCGGAUGGCUGGCAGACAGUGGGGGCAAGGGUGGGGUUCCCCUGCAGGAGGAGCUGACGUCUGCCAGGCUGCAGAUCAGUGAGCUGAGUGGGAAGGUGCUGAAGCUGCAGUAUGAGAAUCGGGUGUUGCUGUCCAAUGUUCAGCGCUAUGACCUGGCCGCCCAACUGGGCCUGCGUGCCCUGAGUCCCCGGGACAGCGAUGCUGACAGCGACACGGGCAAAAAGGAGAGCGAUGGGGAGGAAGGCCGCCAGCCCCAGCCCAAGCGGGAAGGCCCCAUUGGUGGGGAGAGUGACUCAGAAGAAGUAUUUGAGAAGACAUCGGGCUUCAGCAGCGGAAAGUCGUCGGAGGUCAGCAGGCCAUGUCCGGUGGAGGUCCUGAGGGCCAGGGAGGACUCUGAGUGCUUGGUAAGCAUAAAACAGGAGGCCGAGCGGCUGGAGCGGACCAUGGAGAGCCUCAUCAUGGACACCGACACCUUUGUGGACAACGUGGCCUCACUGGGGCCUGGUGUCCAGGGGGAAGGAGGAAAGAAGGAGCCCCAGCUGCUGGCGGCCAUUAACGCCAGGAUGAAGGCUUUCAGGAAAGAGCUCCAGGCUUUCCUGGAGCAGGUGAAUCAGAUUGGAGAUGGCCUGAGGGAGCGCCUGGAAGGCCUGUCCCCCUUCCCCCACCUCACAGAGUCUUCCAACUUCCUCUCCACUGUGACCUCCAUGUCCCGGGACUCCCCCAUCGGGAACCUGGGGAGGGAGCUGGUCCCAGACUUGCAGUCCAAACUGAGAGAUCAGAUGGAGUGGCAACUGGAUCAGGAGCGAGGGGACGAGCGGGAGCACCUGCACCUCCGAUCUGCACGGAAGCUGCACCGCCAAGCCUACGGGGAUGCCAGGAGCUGCCAGCCGGGAGGCCAGAGCUGUUUCAAUCUAGAGAUGGAGGAGGAACACCUGUAUGCCUUGAGGUGGAAAGAGCUGGAAAUGCAUAACCUGGCAUUGCAGAACACCCUCCAUGAGCGAACCUGGAGUGAUGAGAGGAAUGUGAUGCAGCAGGAACUCCGGUCCUUGAAGCAAAACAUUUUCCUUUUCUACGUCAAGCUCAGGUGGUUGCUGAAGCACUGGCGGCAAGGGAAACAGAUGGAGGAGGAAGGAGAGGAUUUCACUGAGGCACUUCCACCCGGAGAGAGCGAGCACCCGGGGCCCCACCCCAGGCUUGGUGAGGUUGGAGUCCAGGGGGACUCAAAGGGGGACAGCCCAGAACACGAUGACAGCGAUCCAGGCUGUGGCUCCUUGAUGGGGAAGCAUCGUCCACACUCCCCUGUGCAGGUCGGUGACCAUGGAUCUCGGCUGCAGCCUGCAGAUGGAGGACAGCUCCACAAGCAGGUGGUGGAAAACCAGCAGCUGUUCAGAGCACUGAAGACCUUGCUGGAGGACUUACGCUUAGAGCUGCGGGAAGACGAGCGUGCCCGGCUGCGGCUGCAGCAGCAAUAUGCCAGCGAUAAGGCUGCCUGGGACGUGGAGUGGGCCAUGCUCAAGUGCCGCCUAGAACAGCUGGAAGAGAAGACUGAGAAAAACUUGGGAGAACCAGGCUCCACUACUGACAGCAAAGGGGCAUUUAAGAAGGAGAGGGAGACACACCAGAAGCUCCUUGCUGACAGUCAUGGCCUAGUCAUGGACCUGCGGUGGCAGAUCCAUCACAAUGAAAAGAACUGGAACCGGGAGAAGGUGGAACUUCUCGACCGCCUGGACAGAGAUCGGCAGGAGUGGGAACAGCAAAAGAAGGAACUCUUGUGGAGAAUAGAACAGUUACAGAAAGAAAACAGUCCCCCGAGAGGUGGCAGUUUCCUCUGUGAUCAAGAAGAAGACAAUAUCCGCCCCUUUGCCCCCCCUGGAAGUCCCCGAGUGCUCUGUCCAGUGGGGAUGUGGCCCUGUGCAGACACAGACUCCACCCCGUUUGAAGAUCGACCGCUGUCCAAGCUGAAGGAAUCGGACAGGUGCUCAGCCCGGGAGAACCUCUACUUGGACGCCCUGUCCCUGGAUGAUGAGCCCGAGGAGCCUCCGGCCCAUGGACCCCAGAGAGAGUUCAGGAACUGCCUUCCCGAGGAAGAAGAAAAUCACAAGGGAAAUCUUCAAAGGGCGGUGUCUGUGUCUUCCAUGUCUGAGUUUCAGCGCUUGAUGGACGUCUCUCCCUUCCUGCCGGAGAAAGGCCUACCUGCUGCCAGCAGCAAGGAGGACGUCACUCCACCCCUGUCUCCUGACGACCUGAAGUACAUUGAAGAAUACAAUGGCAAGAGCUGGGAUGAGAAGCCCCCAGGCUCCUGGGCAGACAGGACCGAGGUGGGGCGGGCAGGGAGCAAUGCCAGCACCGAUCCUUUCCCUGACUCCUCCUGGUACCUCACCACGAGCAUCACCAUGACCACGGACACCAUGACCAGCCCAGAGCACUGCCAGAAACAGCCCCUGCGGAGCCACGUCCGUAGUGAGCUGUCAGGGGUGCGGGUGAUGCACAGCCCACCUGCGAUCCGCAGGCUGGACAGCAUCAUGGUGGCGGGUGAUGAGGGCUCAGGUUGCCCAGAACCCGAGGGCCCGUUUCCUGCAAGCAGAGCCAGAGGAGGCACAGGAGACACAAAAGGGGGCCCCUCAGAACACAUGCUUAGCAGGUGGCCUUGUGGCCCCUCCAGGCACCCCCAAGACUAUGGGGAGGGAGGGCUGCACCCCCUCAAUAGUGCUCUAUGCACCCCCCUGGGUUUCACCUCCCCACUGCACAGCCUGGAGUUGUCCAAGAACAUGAGUGAUGACAUGAAGGAGGUGGCCUUUUCCGUCAGGAAUGCCAUCUGCUCCAGUUCCCCUGGAUCCGUGGUCAAGGACAUGGCAUGCCAGACCAAUGGGUCCCGGACGACUGGGACACAGACUGCUCAGACUAUCAGCAUCGGCAUGCAGACCGAAGCCUUGCGUAGCAGUGCCAUCACCAGCAGCCCCCACAAGUGUCUCACACCGAAGGCAGGGGGUGGUGCCACACCCGCAUCAUCUCCAUCCCGCGGCCUUAGGAGCAGGCAGGUGGCCCCCGCCAUUGAGAAGGUGCAGGCCAAGUUUGAACGCACAUGCUGCUCCCCUAAGUACGGGUCUCCCAAGCUGCAAAGGAAACCCCUCCCCAAAGCUGACCAGCCAAAUAACAGGACCUCACCAGGGCUGGCCCAGAAGGGGUGCAGCGAGUCGGCCUGGGCCCGCUCCACCACCACACGGGAGAGCCCUGUGCACACCGCCAUCAAUGACGGCCUCUCCAGCCUCUUUAACAUCAUUGACCACAGCCCCGUGGUGCAGGACCCCUUCCAGAAGGGGACACGGGCUGGGAGUCGGUCUCGCUGGGCAGAACCCCAGCUGGAGCUGGGCCCAAGCCAGGACACCGGCCCCAGUUCCCGGGUGCAGUCACCCAGCCCCAUUGAGGUUGCCUCAGAGACAUGUAGGGAAGAAGGGGGAGAGGACACGCCUGUGAGGCAGGACUUAUCUGCUCCCCCUGGCUACACGCUCACCGAGAAUGUAGCCCGGAUCCUCAACAAGAAGCUGUUGGAGCAUGCCUUAAAAGAGGAGAGGAGGCAGGCCCCCCAGGGCCUCCCAAGUCUCAACAGUGACAGCCACAUGGGAGAAAAAGCCAAAGCUGAAUCAGGGUCCAUUGAGGAACUACCUUGUUCCGCACUAGCUCCAUCCCUAGAACCCUGCUUCUCCAGGCCCGAGAGACCAGCAAACCGUCGCCCUCCAUCCCGUUGGGCCCCAUAUUCCCCCACUGCCUCACCGGUUCAGUCACUCAGAGACCCGACCUCCUUGGAGGAGCUCGGCGAUGAAGAGCCGCCUGGGGAGAAGCUACACCUGUGACAUGAUGCAAGCUUGCAUGGAUUAUCACGGAAUAAUUCACUGUAAUUUGCAUAAGCACACCAUCAUCAUCAACCACACUCCACUCAUAAGGAGAGAUCUGGUUUUCCCAAGGUCAAAGAAUGUUUUUAAAAAAAACACAGCUGCUGAAUGUUCAACCUGUGAACCUGAGAUGUUUCUAGAAUGAAACAGUAAAUGUGCCUGUAAUAACUUAAUUUUUUUCAUAGCUCAGAAAACUAUUUUUGUCUCCAUCUUUUUUACACACAAUAUAUUAAACAAAAAAGGUAAAUAAGAUAUAAAUAAAUUAAAAAAAUAAAAGUUUUAAAGAUGUACAUUUUAAGAGAUUCUGAACACCCUCUCAAUACUGACUGCCUCUCUGUUAAAUUUGCACUGUUACGUUUUAGUUUGGUUUAUUUCCAUGUUGCAUUAGAGUGUUUUAAGUUAAUUUUAUUUUGUCAGUGUUUUUGGUUUUUAAGAAUUUUUGAAAUGCUUCAGACUGUCUGAUUCAUGAACUUUCUAUAGUGAAAAAGCCACGAAGCCAGUAGACAAGACAGAUAUCCUGUAUACUGAAGGGGAUACAUGUCAGCAUUUUGGAAAAGGUAGAGAGUCCUUAGCUGGGCUUACCAAAUUCUCUGUAUAAUCCACAUAUUCUACUCUACUUGCACGUCUUCAGGUUCGAAGCACUGGGGUGCAUGUACAUACUGCUAUUGUGGUCUUAUCAUCACCUAAGUGUGAGUCUUCUGUCCCACUGUGAUACAUUGUGAAAUCACUUGUACUGUAUUUUUGUUGUCUUCUUGCAUUGAUGAUAUAACAGCAAUGACAUUUUUAAAUUGUUGAAAGAUUAACUGGCAAUAUGCAGUGUUUACUCAAAAUUUUCUGUUUAAGGAAAAAUACUACAAAAAGUCAUGAGGAUACCAAAUUGAAACGGAGUCUGUAUGAGACGAUGAUGAAGUAGAAAUAAAGCCUUUACAAAAUGGCA